AUGACCAUCAAUAACGCUGACACCGGCGAGAUCCGGCGCAUCGUGCAGCAACAGUACGGCCAACGCGCCCUCCGGGUGAUCGAGCUGACCGACGUAACCCCCCAAUUCGAAUGCGGCUCCGAGAACUGCGGCAACGGCAAUUGCGGCAACGCCGACUGCGCCGCCGAAGCUCAUGCCCACACCGAGGCUGCCGCCUGUUGCGGCCCGGCGGAUACGGAACACGCGAUGGCCCUGUACAACGAGGCCCAGCUCCAGGGCUUACCGGUAGAGGCAAUGGCGGCCUCGGCGGGAUGCGGCAAUCCUACCGCGCUGGCCGAUCUGCGCCCCGGCGAAACCGUGCUGGACCUUGGCUCCGGUGGCGGCAUCGACUGCUUUAUCGCCGCCGAGCAGGUGGGUGAGUCGGGCCGCGUUUUCGGACUGGAUAUGACGCCCGAGAUGCUGGCGCUGGCCAACACCAACCGCAACCGCAUGGGUUUGUCCAACGUGGAGUUCAUCGAAGGCCAUCUGGAAGACAUUCCGCUCCCCGAUUCCACCGUGGAUGUGGUUAUCAGCAACUGCGUCAUCUGCCUGUCUCCCGAUAAAGACGCCGUGUUUCGGGAGGCCUACCGCGUGUUGACGCCGGGCGGACGCCUCCACGUUUCGGACAUGCUGGCCCUCACCGCCGAAGGCCCCACCCUGGUGGAUGCGGACUCCUGGGCGUCCUGCAUUGGCGGCGCGGAAUACCGCGAGACCUACCUGGCCCGCAUGGUUGCCGCCGGUUUCACCGACAUCUCCACCACGGAAGAUGACCUGAAAUGCGACGAAAACCAGGUCUCUCUAAACGUGGCCAGCGUGAAGGUAUCGGCCCACAAGCCCCGCUAA